UGUUUGUGAAAGUAGUUUAAAAAAUAUUUUAUCAUGUUAUAAUGUUAACUUAGUGAAUAACUGAAACAUACCCUAUAAUGGGAAACCAAUCUACAAGAGGGUUUGUUGUGAAAAGAGAAGAACAAUAUUGUAAAGGUUCCACUGGCCAACUAUUGAACAAUGCAAGAUUGGAAUGGCUUUCUGAACAAAAUAGGUUGAAUCUUCAUUCUGGCCUGUUGGAUAAAAGAAACCUUUUAAAUAAUGAAUGUUCUUCCAAGGGAAUUGAUACAUCCUCAUAUAUUGUUGCAAAAUCUAAAGAAAGUGAAUAUCACAUCAACACAAAUACAAUUUUCCCACCAAGAUAUCUUCACAAAAAGAGUAACAAGACUUUCAGACCACAGAAUUCAAGUGAAAUUCAAACAGUGGAGAACUUUAGUACUUUGAAAAAUUUUCAAAAGGAAACGGUUGAUGUUUUGCAAAUUCAAAGUCAAGAAAUGUUGGUGAAAAACAAUAUUUGCAAUCCAAGGAUAGAAAAAGAAGAUUCAUUGAAGGGAAAUAGUGUCACAAUUGAAAAUAUAAUUGUCGAAACCACCUCACGAUACUUGGAUCAACAGAGAAUUAAAGUUAGAAGUCAACUGAACGAUGAACAAGAAACAAAUCAUGUAGACGUCAAAGAGAAUGAAAAGUCUAACCUGUCGGAAAAACUCAGUUUUGAUGUGGAUCCUGGAACUUUACGUUUUGAUUCAAAAACAACUGACAAUGGUUCUGGGGUAGGAGAAGAACCAGGUUGGACCGUGAUGAAUGAUAUACCUCUCAAGAACAUCCGCAACUUCAGUAUCAUCGCUCACAUUGAUCACGGCAAGAGCACGCUGGCUGACCGACUACUGGAAAUGACCGGAGCCUUGACUGCUAAAGCAGAUAACAAGCAAGUCCUCGAUAAGCUGCAAGUUGAAAAGGAUCGAGGAAUAACAGUGAAAGCACAGACAGCUUCCCUGUUCUACAAAUAUAAAGGUGAAGAUUACUUGUUGAAUCUGAUCGACACUCCUGGCCACGUUGAUUUCUCAAAUGAAGUUGCAAGAUCUCUAGCAGCAUGUCAAGGUGUGAUUCUACUGGUGGAUGCCAACCAAGGUGUUCAAGCUCAGACUGUAGCUAACUUCUACCUUGCGUUUGGUCAAGACCUCACUGUGCUGCCUGUACUCAACAAGAUUGAUCUAAAGAAUGCCAAUAUAGAGAUGUGCAAAGAUCAACUGCUCAAUUUGUUCUCCAUUGAUCCAGAAGACGUUCUCAUGAUUUCAGCCAAGUCAGGAAUCUACAUUGACACGCUGUUAGAAGCCAUAAUUGAGCGGAUUUCUCCUCCCCCUGGAGAUCGCUCUGCGCCAAUGAGAGCUCUCAUCUUCGACACUUGGUACGACAAGUACCGCGGCGCUGUGGCCCUGGUGUAUGUACGUGAUGGAGAGAUUAAAGUCGGCGAUGAAAUUGUCUCAGCCCACACCAAACAGAAGUACAGUGUGAAAGGAACUGGACUUCUGAGACCACAUGAAGUUCCUACAGAUAAACUUGUAGGAGGCCAGGUGGGAUGGAUGUUCUGCAACAUGCGCACCGUGGCGGAGGCUCACAUAGGAGACACUAUACAUCACUCGUCUACCUCCGUGGAACCUCUGAUGGGCUUCACCCCCGCCAGACCCAUGGUCUUCGCCGGAGUCUACCCCAUGGACCAGUCGGAAUACCUUGAUAUGAGAAAUGCGAUAGAGAAAUUGGCACUCAACGAUCCUGCAGUGUCUCUAACCCAGGAGAGCAGUCCAGUCCUAGGUCAAGGAUGGAGGGUAGGCUUCCUGGGACUGUUGCAUCUGGAGGUGUUCAACCAGAGACUAGAGCAGGAGUAUGGAGCUGAGGCAGUCAUGACAGCACCUAGUGUACCUUACAAGGUAAAACUUGCAACCAACAAAGCUAUUGCAGAAUAUAGAGGUGAUGAAGUACUUAUUUCUGAUCCAUCAAAAAUCCCAGAACGUGAGGACAUUGACGAAAUCUCUGAACCUAUGGUUUUGGGAACCAUUAUUACUCCAAUCGAGUAUGUCGCCAAAAUUAUUCCUGAAUGCAUCGACAGAAGAGGCGUCCAGAAAGACUUAAAAACGAUCGACAAUAACCGAGUGAUGCUUCAGUUCGUCCUUCCGUUGAAUGAAAUCAUCGUCGACUUCCACGAUACUAUUAAGUCUAUGACAUCUGGUUACGCUAGUUUUGACUAUGAAGAUCAUGGCUAUAAGCCUGGAAAUUUGGUCAAACUUGAAAUUAGAGUGAACGGAAAACCCGUGGACUCUCUUUCAUCAGUGGUGCACAAGAGCAAAGUAGAGUCUAUGGGAAAGAGACUAUGUGAAAAAUUGGUGAAGCUUAUACCCAGACAAAUGGUGGAGGUGGCCAUUCAGGCAGCCGUUGGAGGAAAAAUCAUCGCAAGAGAAACCAUUAAAGCUUUUAAAAAAGAUGUCACUGCUAAGCUUUAUGGUGGAGAUAGAACAAGAAAAAUGAAGCUGUUACAGAAACAGGCAGAAGGAAAGAAAAGAAUGAAAUCAAUUGCAAAUGUUAACAUACCAAGAGACGCUUUCAUUGACUAUUUGAAACGAUAAAAAAAACAAUUGUGCAAAAAAUAAUUAAAACCAA